UCAGCGUCCCUCGGCCCCAAGAUGGCUGCCUUUUGGCGUCUUUGGCGCUGUUGAAUGGAGAAAGCUUUAUUGUUCCCUUCGGGCAGGAGUGUUCGUGUCCUCUAUGGCGCUGUCAAUAAAGAACGGCAGUUUGAAUCGGUACUGAGCAGAGGUUUCUCUACCCUUCUCUUACCUUCUGGAGAUGCUACAAUUUAACAUCACUGUAGAAUCCACAAACCCAAACCUGAGCUGCGUCCUCACUCCUUCAGAGACAGGGCUGAACCUCUCUAGGUGGAGUCUGGAGGGAGAGAGGAAGGAGUUGAGGCUGGAGCAACACCAUGGAUCUCCCCAACUACAGCCAGCAGCUGCUGCUGCAGCUUUACGCCCUGUGCAAGGAGCAGCGGUUCUGUGAUUGCACUAUUUCCAUUGGCAACAUCUACUUCAGGGCCCAUAAGCUCGUCCUGGCAGCGGCCAGCCUCCUGUUUAAAACCUUGCUGGAUAAUACAGAUGCCAUCUCCAUCGAUGCAUCAGUGGUGAGCCCCGAGGAGUUUGCCCUCUUGCUAGAAAUGACAUACACUGGCAAGCUCCCCGUGGGCAAGCACAACUUCUCCAAGAUCAUCUCCUUAGCUGAUAGCUUGCAGAUGUUUGAUGUGGCUGUUGGUUGUAAAAACCUUCUGACCAACCUUGUAAACUGCUCUGUCCAGGGGCAGGUGGUAAGGGAUAUCUCGGUGCUGUCUUCAGAGGCAGGUGGCAAGGACUCAGAGAAGCCUCAAGUAGAAGUCAUUUCUUCUGAAGGUCCUGGAGAGCCCUCUUCAUCCCUGGAAGUUUCUACCGUGCCAGCAGGCCCCGAGAAAGCCAAGACCCAGGAAGUAACUCACGUGGCUACCCAAGAGAUAAAUUCAGAUCCUCCCGUUGUUCAGGUGGCUACAGAAAUCACAGGGGUGACUCCUCACACAGCCGAAGUUUGUUCCCCUUCUGUUGGACAGCUCCCAAGUCAGGCAGAGGAAACCAACACACAAGCAGAGUGUGAGAGGAAGCAGGAGCAGCUGAAUUUCCUGCUAGAACAGGAAAGUGUCUUCUCAAAUGCAGUCUUGCUCACAGAGGACACACUGAAAAGACUGGAAGGAUGCUCAGAGAUUAAAAGCCCUCAGAAGGAGGUCAUAAUAGAAUGUCUCAAGGAUGACGGAGGAGGCUCAGCAUUCCAGAGAAUCCUGGGCAAAGUGCAUGAUGGGAGCCUGGAUGUGCAGGUGGUCUUGUCUCUGAUCAGACUGUACCAGGAGUCCACACCUGCAGAGAAGGUGUCUCAGUCUCAGCCAGAAGGGAGCGCAGGGGAGGGAAAGACCUUGUCUGCUCUGUUACUGGAACACAAAGAGGACCUGAUCCAGUGUGUAACACAGCUCAGACCUAUUGUGGAGUUCCUGGAAACAGCCAAGGAGGAAUUCCUGCCCGUCUCGGAAAAAAGGGUGAUUCUGAACUGCUGUGAGGGCAGAACACCCAAGGAGACGAUAGAGAAUUUGUUGCACAGAAUGACUGAAGAGAAGACCCUGCCUGCCGAGAGCCUGGUAAAACUCCUCCAGGCUGUGAGAACAGCAUUCCCAAACCUGGGCCUCCUGCUGGAGAAUUUGCAGGCAGCAGCGGAGUCACCUGGCACUAGAGGGCUGGCCAGGGUCACCUGUGAGACUGAACAGACAGAGGGGCCCAGAAGGCUGUGCAUUCCAACAGACUGUGUGGAUGGAUCCCACCCUAGCCCUGAGGACUACGGAGCUGAGCUGUUGAGAAAGUACCAUGAAAACCUGUCUGAGGUUCUCACGGACAACCAGGUGCUGCUAAAAGUGAUCUCACGUGCGAGGAGCUUGGCCCCUGGAGAGAGAGAGGUUAUGGAGACACUCGUGAAACAGGACUCUGGCUCAGGUGGCUUCAGUUCCCUGAUGUCAGCUGCUCUGGAAAGGCAGACUCUCUCUGCAACAGCCAUUUGGCAGCUGCUGCUAGUGGCUCAAGAGACCCAGACCUGCCCACUGAACCUUCUCUUGGAGGAAGUAGGAAAGGAGCCUGGCGCUGGGGCUUUCUUCCGGGCAGUGACUGCCCCAGAGAGCACUGUGUUGGAAAUAAUCCUGAGGCAUAGCAAGCUGGUCACAGAGGCCAUCCAGCAGACGAUGGAGCUCAAGCACUUUUCUCCAGAGGAUGAGGCCCUGGCUGAGAUUGUGAAAGAGAUGCUGAGCAUAUCCUCCGAGACAGUGAGCCCUGAAGCGGCCCUGAGAGCAGUGCUGAGCAAGGACAUGGAGAAAUCUGUCUCAGCCCCUGCAAUCUGUCGCCUCCUGUGUGGUGUCCACAAGUCUUUCCCUGGCCUGCAACCCCUCAUGCAGGAGUUGGCACACGUUGGGUUUCUUACCAAGGAAAAUGGAGAGGAGAGGUUGACGGUGAGUGAUAGGUUUCACCCUGGAGCCAAGGACAAAGAGGAGAAAGCAGCCAACGCAGCCAGCAAAGACUGCCAGCCCAUGCAACAAAAGGAUCAGGGGGAGCCUGGGUCCGUGCCAGAGCAACAGGAGAAAGACACUUCUGCCUCCCCGGACUCUGCCAAGAAGAGCUUCAUCUGCAAAGCCUGUGACAAGAGCUUCCAUUUCUACUGUCGUCUGAAGGUGCACAUGAAGCGCUGCCGGGUGGCCAAGAGCAAACAGGUGCAGUGCAAGGACAGCAGUGGGACCAAGGACUCGGAGAAGGGGCUGGAGAAGCAGCAGCUGGAGACCCACAGCGUGGGUGGAGAGCCCGACGCCCCCAAGAAGAAGAAGAAGCGGCUGCCUGUGGCAUGUGACCUCUGCGGAAGGGAGUUUGCCCAUGCCUCAGGCAUGCAGUACCACAAGCUGACCGAGCACUUCGACGAGAAACCUUUCUCCUGUGAAGAAUGUGGGGCAAAGUUUGCUGCCAACUCCACCCUAAAGAACCAUCUGCGCCUCCACACUGGGGACCGCCCAUUCAUGUGCAAGCACUGCCUCAUGACCUUCACACAGGCCUCAGCCCUGGCUUACCACACCAAGAAGAAGCACUCAGAAGGGAAAAUGUACGCAUGCCAGUACUGUGAUGCUGUGUUCGCCCAAUCCAUCGAGCUGUCCCGGCAUGUGAGGACCCACACUGGGGACAAGCCGUAUGUCUGCAGGGACUGUGGAAAGGGCUUCCGGCAAGCCAAUGGCCUCUCCAUCCACCUGCACACCUUUCACAACAUAGAAGAUCCUUAUGACUGCAAAAAAUGCAAGAUGAGUUUCCCCACGCUGCAGGAUCACCGGAAGCACAUCCAUGAGGUGCACUCCAAAGAAUACCACCCCUGUCCCACAUGUGGGAAGAUCUUCAGCGCCCCUUCCAUGCUGGAGCGGCACAUGGUGACCCAUGUUGGAGGGAAGCCCUUCAGCUGUGGGAUCUGCAACAAGGCCUACCAGCAAUUGUCUGGUCUCUGGUACCACAAUCGAACCCACCACCCAGAUGUAUUUGCUGCCCAGAACCAUCGGUCACCCAAGUUCUCCUCGCUGCAGUGCAGCUCCUGUGACAAGACCUUUCCUAACACCAUCGAACACAAGAAGCACGUCAAAGCAGAGCAUGCAGAUCUGAAGUUCCACGAGUGUGACCAGUGUAAGGAGCUCUUCCCCACACCGGCUCUGCUGCAGGUUCACAUCAAGUGCCAGCAUUCAGGGUCGCAGCCAUUCCGGUGCUUGUACUGUGCGGCCACUUUCCGCUUUCCUGGAGCACUGCAGCACCAUGUCUCCACAGAGCACUUCAAGCAGUCAGAGAACACCUUCCCCUGCGAGCUCUGUGGUGAGCUCUUCACUUCCCAGGCCCAGCUUGAUGGCCACUUGGAGUCUGAGCACCCCAAGGUAAUGGGCACUGAGACCCAGGCAACCAGCUCUCAGAUGGUGCAGGUGAUCCAAGCUCCAGAGCCAGCAGCCCCAGCUGAGCAGGUGAUCACGUUAGAGGAGACGCAACUUGCUGGCUCACAGGUGUUUGUGACCUUGCCAGAUUCACAGGCUUCUCAGAGCAGCUCUGAGCUUGUGGCAGUGACAGUGGAGGAUCUGCUGGAUGGUACUGUCACUCUGAUAUGUGGUGAGGCCAAGUGA